GUAUUUUAAAACACGGGUCCGAAAGGAUGAAGCUCUCUCCAAAGGAUUGAAAACUUGAAAUCCGUUUUUCUCUCUUUCUCAUCUCAUACCAACCAAUUAAUCAAUAAAAUGGCUAACAUUUUGAAGGGUGGCAGUGUUAUCCUCUCAUUUUUCUCUUCACGAACCACCACACUCUCCCGACCAUCAACAACAACACCCCACUGCUCAUUUCGUUCCAAGUUCCCUUUUCUCUCACUCUCUUCUACCUCACGCCCUAGAACCCUAACUGGAUUUCCUUCCUUUUGCACUGUUGCCUCCGAGCCAGUCCCGGAAGCCGUAACUGCUGAAACCAAUAGCAAUGGUGAAAAUGAUAAGAGUGUUAGAGAUUCUGCCGGGUUGCUUGACAUAAGAGUCGGUCGCAUUCUCAGGGCAUGGAAACAUGAUGAAGCUGAAACUCUUUAUGUCGAGGAAGUUGAUAUUGGUGAGCCUGAACCUAGAAUCAUUUGCAGUGGCCUUGUCAAUUACAUCCCUCUUGAACACCUUCAGGGAAAAAAAGUUAUUGUUCUUUCGAAUCUGAAGCCAAGGAAUAUGCGUGGUGUCAAGUCAAGUGGAAUGUUGAUGGCUGCUUCUGAUUCAAAGCAUGAGAAUGUUGAACUUCUGUUCCCUCCUGAGGAAGCAAAUCCCGGUGAAAGAAUCUGGUUUGGAUCUGAAGAUGAAAAGGACAAUCAACCUGAAGCUGCCAAACCGAAUCAGAUACAAAAGAAAAAGAUAUGGGAAUUAGUACAGCCUCAUCUUAAGACAGAUGCUUCUUGUAUGGCGAUGCUAGGUGAGCAUGUAAUGCGUACAUCUGUAGGCGCAGUGGCAUGCCAGUCUUUGCAGAAUGCAAAUAUCUCUUGACCAACACUCAGUUUCUCAAUUUACACAUCUGAAUAGGCAAUACCUAUCCGUAUGCAGUUCUCCUUUUUUUGGACUCGUGUAUAAACAUUUGUUCUGUAUAUUUUUAUGAUUUUAAAUUGUUUUUUUCAGAAGUUUCACUUGGAAAUAAAGGUUUGAGCGUAGCAAAAAUACCUUGACAUGGUUGUCCAUGAUUUUACAUUUAUUAUCUAUGGUAUGAUACUGUAAAAACAAUUCACUCAGACAUCCAAUCAGAAAUUUUCAUGUUGGUAUUUUAGGAAA